AUGGAGGAACGACGAGCUUCGCGACGAGCUUCACAGACUCCACGACGGCGGACCAGCAUCCAGGAAGAUGCCGCCCAGCUGGCAGGAUUUGGCGUCAAGCAGGAGCUCGAGCGCAAUUUCUCCCUCUUCUCCAUGCUGGGCCUGGCUUUCGCCAUCUUGAACUCUUGGACGGCUCUGGGAGCCAGUAUGUCCUUGGCCCUCCCCAGUGGAGGUCCCACCUCCGUCAUUUGGGGUCUUCUUGUUGCGGGAAUAUGCAAUUUGUCUUUGGCUGCUUCCCUGGCAGAAUUCUUGUCGGCGUAUCCAACGGCAGGAGGUCAAUACCACUGGGUUGCGGUCAUUAGCUGGAAACGCUGGGUUCCCAUUCUAUCGUGGAUCACGGGCUGGAUCAAUACAGCUGGCUGGGUGGCAUUAACAGCCACGGCCGGUCUCCUGGGUAGUCAACUCGUCUUGGGGAUUAUCUCGCUGACUACACCUUCAUACGACGCCCAACGCUGGCACCAGUUCCUGAUCUACAUCGGCUACAACGCCUUUGCCUUCUUGGUCAACGCAUUCCUGACCAGGUUGCUUCCUUGGGUUACGAAAGGAGCCCUGAUAUGGUCCAUCACUGGCUGGCUGGUCAUUUCCAUCACCGUUCUGGCAUGCGCCUCACCACAUUACCAGUCUGGUGACGUGGUGUAUCGGGAGUUCAUCAAUGAGACAGGCUGGCCAGAUGGGCUUGCGUGGCUUCUGGGGCUUCUGCAGGGUGGUUUGGGUUUGACCGGUUUUGACGCAGUCGCCCAUUGCGUCGAAGAAUUGAAUAAUCCCAUCGUGGACGGCCCUCGCAUCAUGAUAGCAUGUGUCUUGAUCGGGGUCGUGACCGGCUUCAUCUAUCUGAGUGUUCUGCUCUUCGUCUCCAGCGAUCUCGACACUGUCAUCAGUUCCGCCGCAGGUCCCAUGUUGCAGAUCUUUUAUGACGCGACUAACAAUAAAGCCGGGUCCAUCUGCUUGCUGAUGUUCCCACUGGUGUGCUUGCUGUUCGCAGCAGUCAGUAUCAUGACUACCAGUAGUCGAAUGGUGUACGCAUUCGCUCGAGACCGCGGUCUUCCAGCCUCAAAAUUCUUCGCAAAAGUCGACAAGCGACUCGAUGUCCCGUUGAAUGCGCUUUGGCUGACUUUGAUCCUUGUCAUCAUCUUUGGCUGCAUCUUCCUCGGCUCCAGCAGCGCCUUUAACGCCAUUGUUUCUGCAUCGGUCGUGGCUCUAGGCAUUACCUACGCCAUCCCUCCUGCUAUAAAUUGCCUCCGAGGGCGCAGGAUGUUGCCUGAGACUCGCCCUUUUAAGCUGCCAAACUGGUUGGGCUGGACAUGCAACCUGAUCGGCAUCGCUUAUGCCAUGCUCACAACUGUGCUGUUCAUGUUCCCACCGGCGUUGCCAGUAACUGGUAAUAACAUGAAUUAUUGCAUUGCGGCGUUUGCAAUCGUCUUAAUUGUCUCGAUGAUCCAAUGGUUCGUGGAUGGGCGAAAGAAUUACACUGGACCUCAAAUCGACGUGGACGCUCUAAAAGGUGGUGAAGUCGUUGGCAUGGCGCCCACCGACAGCAACGCGGAGCGACACAGCGGAGACACCUUGACCAACGGGAAAAUCGAGAAGGAGGCGCCGUAA